GAGCGCGGGCGUCGCGCUCGGCUGUGAGGCCGCGCUGCCAGCGGCGGGGCGGUGGCCGGCUCGGUGAUGCUUUGUCGCGUCUGCAGUUCUGUGAGCGGCCCGGGGCGUCGGCGGAGAGUGGCGGUAGCGGAGAUGUCCUGGCCUCGCCGGGGAGCGGUCCGGUCCGCGGGGUGGAUUGGCGUUUGGAGGCUCGGGCCCGAGCGUUUGUGGCGGGAACGUUAUUUUUAAGAAAAAUGAGUAAAAACCACUCAUUUUGAAACAGCGAUGGCAAAAUCAAACACGAAACACAGAAUUUAUUCUCAGGAAUCUUCAGUAUCAUCUCUCCUGGCAAGCUGUGGUCUGGGUAGCAGUAAUUCCUCCAACUCUGAUGGCUCUUUUCACUAUAAGAAUAAGCUAUACAGUUCUGCUUCUCAGGCUCUACAGGCUUAUAUAGAUGAUUUUGAUCUGAGCCAACUAAAUCCUGAUGCAAGCACUGGAAAAAUUAGCAUUGAACGUUCUGCUAAUAUGUCAGGAUUCUCAAACUAUAGUUAUAAAACAAACAAAGCUUUUGAAAAUCCUGAUCGCAAACCGCACUCAAAUUCAUUAUCUUAUAGAAGAGAGACUAUUAAUGAUGUAGACUCUGUUAGCCUUACAACUGAUGACCUGUUAAGACUUCCAGCAGAUGGAUCUUUUUCUCUCACUUACGUUAGACCAGGUCAUCGACCAAGCAAGAAAAGCAAGAAAUACAUGGGAAGACCAGGUUCAUUGGAAAGGAAUCCAAAUUUUCAAGAAUCCUCCACUCCCACGGGCAAGAAUAACUUAGACAGUUCUGUUGUAAACACAAAUGUGAAUGGAAAGCAAUGUGGUAGGCCAAAAAAUCCCAAAUUUUUGAAUAGGACUAAUAAAACUUUAAUUUCAGAGCCAUCUUUUCCCAAAGAAUCAUCUUUUAAGGACAGUUCAGAGCACAAUCCUGAAAAGAAUUAUCCGAGAUGGCUCACUAGCCAGAAAUCUGACCUUAAUGUUUCUGGGAUAACUAGCAUACCUGAUUCCAAAUAUCCAGUCUGGCUCCACAAUCAAGACUUGCUACCUGAUGCAGAUAGUCAAGAAGUUUAUAGAACAUUGAAAGAAGAUCAGUGUUCUCCCAGACAUAGCUACCAGGCACAAAGAACUUCUCGGCUUAAAAUGGAUUGUUGUGAAUAUUCUUUUGAGCCCUCAAACUUUUCAAAUUCCUUGAGUGAUGCUAAAGGAUUACAUAACAAAUACAAAUGUGAUUCUGAACCCAACCAGGCUCAGUGUGAGAAUCCACUUCUCUCAGAACAAUCCGAAAAGCCAUUCAGUGGUGACAAAAUUGAAUUGCUUAUCCUGAAGGCCAAGAGAAAUCUAGAGCAGUGUUGUGAAGAGUCGCCCACGCCUAUGAAAAAGGACAACAGUCCUUGUUCAUUGGAUAAACUUGAAGCAGAAAGAUCCUGGGACAAUGUUCCUAUUACUUUCAAAUCUCCUGUUCCUGUUAAUUCUGAUGAUAGUCCUCAAGAAACUUCAAAGGCAAAGAGUGCUAAAGAUUUUCUUGAAGACUUUCUAAAUAAUGAUAAUCAGAGUUCUACCCUUUCUGGUGGCAAACAUCAUGGUCCUGUUGAAGCCUUAAAACAAAUGUUAUUUAAUCUUCAAGCAGUUCAAGAAAGUUUCAGUCAGACGAAAACUACAGAAAGAAAAGAAGAUAUUAAACAAGUUUCAGAAAAUGAUUUCUCCAAAUUACAGUUGAAGGAGAAUAUGAUUCCUAUUACUAGGUCUCUUCAAAAUAAAUUAUUUGAUCCUUUUUGCCCAUGGACAACUCAGCAUUUGAAAUGCAUGAGGAUGGAUCACAGAAAGCUUUGUCUAUUGGGAAGAUGAACACCAUCUCCAGAAUGGAAAAGGAGAGGCAGUGGUCACUGAUGAGCAUUUUCCUGCUGUGUCUCUUGGCCUGUGUCAUCACCACAGCAAUUGGAGUACUGAU